AAGCAGCAAGUUUGUUGUUGUCCACCAUCCGAACAAGCCACAACAAUUGUUUGCAGCUUCGUUUGCGGGGAAACGAAAUUUAGCACGAUGCCGAAAUAUUACUGUGAUUACUGUGACACCUACCUGACGCACGAUUCGCCCAGCGUCCGGAAGACGCACUGCACCGGCCGAAAGCACAAGGACAAUGUGAAAUUUUACUACCAGAAAUGGAUGGAGGAGCAGGCGCAGCAUCUGAUCGACGCGACGACCGCAGCGUACAAGGCGGGCAAGAUUGCCCCGAAUCCGUUCACCGCGGGACCACCGAAGCCGAACAUUUCCAUCCCACCGCCGACGAUGAACAUGCCGCCUAGGCCGGGCAUGAUACCGGGCAUGCCGGCUGGCGCACCGCCGCUGCUGAUGGGCCCGAACGGUCCGCUCCCGCCGCCGAUGAUGGGCAUGCGACCCCCGCCGAUGAUGGUACCGACGAUGGGCAUGCCACCGAUGGGUCUGGGGAUGCGGCCACCGGUCAUGAGUGCGGCACCGCCACAGCUCAACCCGAAAAGCUAAGGUUGCCGGGCAGGCAGGGUACGUCCGUCUGUUUUUCUUUCUUCAUUCAUUUCACCUCUACUCUGUAUGGAACGAUAGGGCGGUAAUCACGGAAUUACGGAAAAAUAUAUACUACUACCUAGUGUAUCGGAUAAGCUACAAGUAAAGAAA